GUGCUCGCUCCCGCGGCGCACCAAAUUUACACAGCUCGGUCCAACGAUUAUUUCUGCUUGGAGGCAGCUUGGAUGGUUUUAGUUUACAUUCAAAGCUACAUAUAACGCACAUUCCUUAUUUAUUUAACGUUCAUAAUCAUGAUUUUGGUCACUUUAUUCUGCAUCUGCGCUUUGGUAACAUCGCUGCAAGCUGAUGCUCGCCUUAGUAAGCGGUAUGUGAUCGGCGGGUGUCCGAGUCACUGCGAUAAAUCCAUGUGUCCGACGAUGCCGAAGGACUGCUCAACUGGGCAGGUAAUGGAUCACUGUAACUGCUGCCUGGUGUGCGCGUCCGGAGAGGGAGAAGCGUGCGGCGGGGUGGGUAAGCUGGGGGACCCGGUGUGUGGAGAGAGUUUGGAGUGCUCCGUGACCGGCGGAGUGAGCUACUCCGCUACCGUCAGGAGGAGAGGCAAACAAGGCGUCUGCGUGUGCAAAAGCAGUGACCCGGUGUGCGGCAGUGACGGAGUCUCGUACCGGGACAUCUGCGAGCUGAAGCGGGUCAGUAACCGAGCCCAGAGCCUGCAGCAGCCGCCGGUGCUGUUCAUACAGCGGGGAGCGUGUGGGACGUCUCUCCAUGAUAACCCCAACAGCCUGCGAUACAAGUACAAUUUCAUUGCGGAUGUCGUAGAGAAAAUCGCCCCUGCUGUGGUUCACAUUGAACUUUACCGCAAGAUGGUGUACUCAAAGCGUGAGAUGGCAGUGGCGAGUGGCUCUGGGUUUGUGGUGUCGGAUGAUGGCCUUAUUGUGACUAAUGCCCAUGUGGUAGCCAAUAAAAACCGAGUGAAGGUGGAGCUUAAAAACGGAGCCUCGUAUGAUGCUAAGAUCAAAGAUGUUGAUGAAAAAGCAGACAUCGCACUUAUAAAGAUUGAUUUGCCGAAUAAGCUUCCUGUGCUUCUACUUGGCAGAUCGGCUGACCUCAGACCAGGAGAAUUUGUGGUUGCCAUCGGCAGCCCAUUUUCCCUUCAGAAUACUGUUACCACGGGAAUAGUGAGCACCACGCAGAGAGGCGGGAAAGAGUUGGGCCUAAGAAACUCAGAUAUGGACUACAUUCAGACUGAUGCCAUCAUUAAUUAUGGCAACUCAGGAGGACCAUUGGUUAAUCUGGAUGGUGAAGUGAUUGGGAUCAACACAUUAAAGGUAACGGCUGGAAUCUCUUUCGCCAUUCCAUCAGACAAAAUUCGUCAGUUUCUCGCCGAGUCGUAUGACAGACUGGCCAGAGGUCGAGGAACAACAAAGAAAAGAUAUAUCGGUGUUCGGAUGAUGACCCUCACUCCUUCAUUGUCCAAAGAGCUGAAAGGUCGACUGCGAGAUUUCCCUGACAUCACCUCAGGAGCCUAUGUGAUUGAGGUCAUCUCUAAAACCCCAGCUGCAGCAGGUGGACUCAAGGAGCACGACGUCAUCAUUUCCAUCAACGGUCAGCGAAUUUCCACAGCCACAGAUGUAAGCGCGAUCAUCAAAAAGGAGAGCAGUUUGCGUGUGGUGGUUCGACGUGGAAAUGAGGACAUCAUCCUUACUAUCAUUCCAAUGGAGAUUGACCCUUGACCCUGAACAGAGCUGCUGCUCAUCCACCCAGCAGCCAAUGAACUCACUGGGUGUGUCCCCUUUGCCCCGCCCACUCGAGGAUCAUCUGCCCAAAAGUCCGUGUUCUUGAAAUGACUGGCAGGGUGAAAAUCUCGGCCUGAGAAUUUAGACUGUACAGAGCACAUAAAUGUAGAUUCACAUGUAUUAAUGUUUUUAUCCAUAUCAUCAGGAAUGAUUUAGAGGAUGCUACUACUGUUUACUGUUCAUCAUAAGCCAUUGGACAUGAUUAGAUUUUUUUUCUCCAGAAUAUAUAUGCUAUAUUUUCCCCAUUACCCAUCAAUUUAGCACACAGCUACUUUUUAAAGAACUUGUUUGGAGUUUCUAACCAUUUUUUAUAAAAUAUAUUGAAAUGUUUGUUUUUGAAAAGAUUAAAAACCUUUUGAUAAUGCA